ACAGUAACAUAUGAUCAUAGAUCACUUAUAAUCAAUGGCGAGAGAAAGAUAUUGAUGAGUGGUUCUGUACAUUACCCGAGGAGUACACCAUCGAUGUGGCCAUCGAUACUCUCACAGUCAAAGGCUGCUGGCAUCGACAUGAUAGAGACAUACAUCUUUUGGAACCUACAUCAACCUGCACCUGGCCAGUACUACUUUGAAGGCAAUGCCAACAUCACAGCAUUCCUCGACGAGUGCCAACGCCAAGGACUCUACGUCAACCUUCGCAUUGGACCAUACGUGUGUGCCGAGUGGAACUAUGGAGGCUUCCCAGCAUGGCUCCGCGAUGUGCCAGGCAUUGUCUUCCGUGACUACAACGAGCCGUUCAUGAAUGAGAUGCAGACUUGGAUGACCUACGUUGUCAACUACCUUCGUCCAUACUUUGCAUCUAAUGGUGGACCCAUUAUCUUGGCACAAGUUGAGAAUGAAUAUGGAUGGCUCGAGGCAGCGUAUGGUGCAAGCGGCAGAGAGUAUGCAUUGUGGGCAGCAAACCUGGCCAACUCAUUCAACAUCGGUGUGCCCUGGAUCAUGUGUCAGCAGAAUGAUAUUGCCACUGUGAUCAACACAUGCAACGGCUUCUACUGCCACGACUGGAUCGCUGGUCACUGGGCCAACUUCACAGACCAACCUGCACUAUGGACCGAGAACUGGGGUGGUUGGUUCCAGAGCUGGGGUGAGGGCGUGCCUCACCGACCUGUUCAAGACCUGUUGUACUCUGUUGCUAGAUGGUUCGCCUAUGGUGGUUCUCACAUGAACUACUACAUGUGGCACGGUGGUACGACCUUUGGACGCUGGGCUGGUGGUCCCUUCAUCAUUACAUCCUAUGACUAUGACAUGGCGAUCGACGAGUAUGGAUACCCAUACGAACCAAAGUACUCAAUGAGUAGCAUGUUCCAUGAUGUCAUUCACGAGUACCAAUACAUCAUCCUCAGUCAGAACCCACCAACACCAAUCACAUUGGACUCGAAUGUCGAGAUAUCAUACUACGCUACCACAUCAGAGUCGUUCUCAUUCCUUACCAACACAGAUCCAGUCAAUUCUCAUACUGUAACAUGGGGUGAUAACCAGUUCAUUGUGCAGGCAUGGUCAGUGCAGCUUCUCUACAACAACAUCACAGUGUUUGACACUUCAAUGACUGUAGGCAUGGCCGUCCACGGUGCAAGCAGGUACACAGAUGUCGAUGCAACAUGGUCGGACGUAACAAUCAGUUCUUGGACAGAGCCACUCGAGUUUUCCUCUUUCACCAACAUAUCAACCUCGCCACUUGAGCAGCUGUCAGUCACCCACGAUGCCUCUGACUACUUGUGGUACAUCACCAAGAUCGAUGUGCAAACCAUUGGCUCCACCAUCACGUUCUCUAACAUUAAUGACAUGUACCACUUGUUUGUCGAUGAAGUUUACGUCGGCACUGGCUACGGUGGAUUCUCAUCAUUGACCUUGAAUGAUUCGAUAACAGUUGGUACCCAUCAGCUUCAAGUUCUAUGUAUGACAGUUGGACUGGUAUGCGAAGCUGAGCACAUGGAGGCAUACUCGGUUGGCAUACUUGGCAGUGUGUCACUGAACCAUGUGGACAUCACCAACAAUGGAUGGUACAUGCGAACAGCUCUCGAUGGCGAGAUACUUCAGCUAUUCAAUCCAGCCAACUCGGGCGCUGUCAACUGGGACGUCCUGCCCGCCGCUGUAACCUUACCUCCACUCACUUGGUACAAGUUCGAGUUUGAUCUGGAGAUCAACAACACAACGGCACCAUUCGCAUUGAAUAUGAUUGGUAUGACCAAAGGAAUGAUAUGGGCCAACGGUCAUAACUGUGGCAGGUAUUGGUUGGUCGAGGCAACUGAGGGAUGCGACGGAUGCACCUAUCAAUAUGGUGGCUACACUGACUAUGACUGUAGAACAGGAUGUGGUGAACCUAGCCAACAGUACUAUCACAUUCCAAUUGACUGGCUAUUUAAUGGUGCCAACGAGAUCGUCCUUCUAGAAGAAAUCAGUGGUGAUCCAUUGGAAAUCCAGCUUGUCAACAGAGUU